AUGUCCGGGAAAAGCACCUUCCGGCUCCGCAACACCCUCGGCGGCCGCAUUCAGCCCUUCCAGCCGAAACGUACGGACGAGGUCCGGAUGUACACGUGCGGACUCACGGUGUACGCCCGGGGACACAUCGGGAACUUCCGUACCUUUGUGGCCCAGGACAUCCUUCGCCGCUUCCUUCGUUUCAAGGGCUACCGGGUCCUUCAGGCGAUGAACUUCACGGACGUCGACGACAAGACCAUCCGGGGUGCGGGGGAGGCGGGCGAGCCGCUGCGCGAUUACACGACCCGCUACAUCGAAGAGUUCUUCGACGAUGCCGACGCUCUCGGCAUCGAGCGCGCCGAGCACUAUCCGCGAGCCACCGACCCCGAGUACAUCGAGGCGAUGAUUCGGCUGGUGACGCAACUACUGGAGAAAGGGGUCGCCUACGAGUCCGACGGCUCCAUCUAUUUCCGGGUUGCGAGCUUCCCCCGCUAUGGGCAGCUCUCCGGCGCGGCGGCCUCCGACCGCCUCGCCGGCGCCCGCGUGGACUCCGACGAGUACGACAAGGAAGACGCGCAGGACUUCGUCCUCUGGAAGGCGGCGAAACCGGGUGACCCGGUCUGGGAUGCGCCUUUUGGCGCCGGCCGUCCGGGUUGGCAUCUGGAAUGUUCGGCAAUGGGAUUGGAACUUCUCGGCCCGGGUUUCGACCUGCACUGCGGCGGCGUGGAUCUCGUGUUCCCGCACCACGAGAACGAGAUCGCCCAGAGCGAGGCCGCGACCGGGAGCCCCUUCGUUCGUCAUUGGUUCCACUGCGAACACCUGCUGGUGGACGGCCGAAAAAUGUCCAAAUCGCUCGGCAACCAAUUCACCGUGCGCGAGUUGAUCGACGAGGGUUUUGCGCCAGCCACGAUCCGUCACCUGCUGGCCGGGGUGCACUACCGCCAGCAACUGAACUUCACGAAGGGCGGCCUCCGGCAGGCGGAAGUCGCCAUCGGCCGGGUCAACGAGUUCCUGCGCCGUUCGGACGAGGCGGCCCGCCGCGAGGGAGACUCCGCGAAUGAGGGCACGGCGUCUCCCGGCGGCGCCGCGACCGGGGUCGCCGAAGCCCUGGUUCGUUUCGAGGAAGCUCUGGAUGACGAUCUGAACACGUCGAAGGCGCUCAGCGAGGUGUUCACCGCUCUGAGGGAAGGGAACCGGGCGCUCCAUGCACCCGGAGGAGCCUCCGAGGCGGGGGUCUGGGCAGCGGCGAUCCGCAGGAUGAACACGGUCUUCGGCAGCUUCGAGAUGGCCCCCGACCCGGAGACCGGCAAGCGGGUCGACGAGCCGGCCGACCUUGCCGAGUUGAUCCGUGAGCGCCAGGAGGCGCGCGGGCGAAGGGACUUCGCUCGCGCUGAUGAGAUCCGGGACGAUUUGGCCGCUCGCGGGAUCCUUCUCGAGGAUUCUUCGUCGGGCACAAUUUGGCGGCGGGGCGAGGACUGA